AUGCCGUCAGGGAAUAGGGAAGGUGACACCAUUUCUCCAGCCUACUGGUACCUGGUCCUCGGAACCGGCCCUCCACCGACCCGUUCAAGCUUCCUGCGCAUGGCUUCGGAGCGCCAGGCCGUUCAUCGCGCGGGCAUCGUAGCCAAGGAGGCAAGAAGGGAGGCUACAGUUAAGGCCAAGGACACUAGAAAAGAAGCCAUUGCCAAGGCCAAGGCGGGCAACCCGGUCCCGUAUCUCAUGGGCACCAUGAAGAAGAAACUUGGGCUGGGCAAGAAGAAGAGUAAAAAGAACUCGCAGACAGCGCGCGGUGACAAGUCUUUGGGAAGAAUACAGCCAAUGGAAGGCGAGAUCCAAGAUACUCCCGGUUUCGAGGAUGAUGCUGCUAGUGAUAUUGCCAGAGCAUCUGAUUCCGAAGUCACUCCCAACGAUACAGACAGAUUCGGGGAUGACGCUGCCGAGGCAAAAGACUCGGAUACUCCCAACCGAGAUGAUGAUGGGACCAACUUGGAAGCGGCUCAAAGUCUGGAGAAUUGCCACAACAUCAAAGCAAGAGGUUCGCCUACCAGCGAUCAAGAAGCUGCCGUAGGUGCCUCUGAGCCAGCAGAAACACAAAAUAGCCAUCAGACUGAUGCUGGAGUUCACUGCCUAGACUUGUCCAAGACUUAG